AUGAAGCUCAAGCUCAAGCCGUUGCUCUCAGCAGUCCGUCCACGGACGGAGCACACAAACAUCCAGAGGUGGCUUUUACCUCUAUUUAGGGACCGGUCAAUUGCCAAGCGCUUCAAGUCCAACGCCAGCCCGCCGAAGGCUUCGGAUCCGCUCCGUAUACUCUUCUGCGGGUCAGACGAGUUCAGCUGCGCCAAUCUCAGAGCCCUGCACGCCGAACACGUGAGGAAUCCGAGCCUGGUCGAGUCCAUCGAUGUGGUGGUGCGUCCGGGCAAGCGUGUGGGCAGGGGCUACAAGAAGAUCCAACAUCCAUUGCUCCGGGACGUAGCCACUGAGCUCGGUCUUCCCAUCCAUGAGCGUGAUACGUUCACAGGCUGGGACAUGCCAGCCGCCACCAAUCUAAUAAUAGCCGUCUCCUUCGGGCUCUUCGUGCCGCGCCGCCUGCUCGGAGCGGCCAAGUACGGCGGACUCAACAUGCACCCGUCGCUGCUACCAGAUCUCCGGGGCCCCGCGCCGCUACACCACACGCUGCUGCGGCAGCGCCCGUUCACGGGCGUGACGCUGCAGACUCUCGACCACCACAACUUUGACGCCGGUACCGUCUUGGCACAGACCCAUCUGCGGAAUGCGUACCGGAUACCGGACGCUUGCACGGUGCCCCAGCUGCAGGAUGCCCUGGCGCCUCUGGCCGCCGAGAUGCUGGUCGAUGGUCUGCGCCGGGGUCUGCAUGUCCCGCCUCACGCCGACGCCGGAUGGUUACCCAGGGCCGAGUCACCGGGACCCGGACCGGACGACGUGCUGGCACUGGAGCUGGAUAAGGACGCGAUGGCGCCCAAGAUCACGCCGAGGCUGCGCCAGCUCCUGCCCGUGUGGGAGCCUGACUUCACCAGGCAAGGGGUCGGGCUCCCCUGGUCUGCGGACAUGGCGGCACUGACACAGCGGACCAUCGGACCGUUGUGGUUCAAGGCCAAGGAUCAUGCGGGCCACCUGAAGAGGGUCAUCGUGCCUGGGGACGUGGAGUCUAUUACCUUGGGCGCGUUCGACGAGGAUUUGGUCAGGUACCGCACCGACCUGUAUGGCGUGACGGUGUCGGACGAAGAGGAGACGUUCCGGACCUCUGCGGUCAUCUUCUACCUACCCAAUGACGACGCAAUGUACCUUCUUGAGUCCGUCAAGUCGGACAAGACGCGUCAGGGAGGCCUCAGGAUACGGGCCCUGAAGAUACUCACGCUCAAGGUGGAAGGCGAGCGGGAGAGGCCGGCGAGAUUGGCGUUCGAACAAUUCCCGAAAGUCGAGCAAAAGCCUCUGAAGUCCUACAAGCUCUGUAUCUAG